AUGUCAAAUUCUGAUUCAGACGAUUACAUGUCCUCUAGUUUCCUUUCAGAAAUUCCGGAUGAAGAGAAACCAAAGACCUACUCCGAAAGGAGACGUCAGAACCAAUUUACGAAUUUAGGUUACAAUAAACCUCGCAAGGUUUUAGAGAAGGAGCUUCGUGAAGAAGGGCUCAGUAAACCCAUUGACACCGAAGAAAAUGCCUCCUCACCUGGCUUAAAAUUGCUAAGAAAGAUGGGUUAUGAAAAGGGCAUGAAAUUGGGAAAAAGUGAAGGUUCUCAGGCAUUAAGUGAACCACUAACAGUAGAAUUAAAACAGGACCGCUUGGGUUUAGGAAUGUCAACAGAAAUAAAGAAGCGUAAAUUGAGUAGAUUGGAAGAAAAUGUAAAACGCACGAAAAUAAAAGAAGACGAAUAUGUCGAACGUUUACGAGAUGAGAGGAUUGCAAAACGCGUUGAAAGGCAGUUAAAAGCUAUCCAACGAAUAUGCGAGACAUUAGACUCGAAAAGGGGAAUAGAGUACAAUAUUUUUUGGCUGUGUGAUGAAGAAAAGAGCUCGAUCAAAAAGCUCGAUCAAUUUUCAGACGAAGAUGAACCAAAAAUCAAAUUAGAAGAACCUGAAGAAUUCAAAUUGCUUGAGAUUUCCGAUGAAGAUAAGCAAAAAUCAGAAUUUGAUUCGCUUGAGAAUUCGCAAAAAAUCGAACGUAUACUUGCUUAUCUUCGCGAUCAGUAUUUUUAUUGUUUUUGGUGUGGUCACGAAUACUCGAACAUCGAAGAACUGACCAAUCAAUGUCCUGGCGCUACAGAAGAAGACCAUGAUUGA